UAUUAACCAAUUUUUCGCUCAAAUCGCCUCGUAUAGACGGAGGCUUAUCCAUCGUAGUCCUGGCGGCAUCGUACGCCGCCCCGUCGAACGUCUUCGUAGCGGGUCACCCACUCGGCGCGCGUGCGCCAUUGACGCACCACUAUGCCGAACAGUCUUCAUCGCCGUACACCGUCAACAACGGCUUCUCGAACGAUCAAUAUUUCUCGUCCUCCAAGCGUAGGGGGCUACCCGAUUCUAUUUCUCCUAUCACUAAGAAGCAAGCUCCUGCCACUUCCAGGACAGCGGUCGAUAUGACUUCUUCGGACAUAGUACCCACCAAGAGUAGGAGAGUAAGGACAGGUUGUUUGACCUGUAGAGAAAGGCAUCUCAAAUGCGAUGAAGGGACCCCUGAUUGCUCAAAUUGCCGUAAGAGCAAUAGGGAGUGUAAACGAGGUGUGCGACUUAAUUUUAUCGACAUGACUUGCAAGGAACCUCCCUAUAUACCACCAACCGAUGAGUGGGCUGUACAUUUUCGAGAUGAGUCGCGUUUGAUAGCCUCAGAAUAUCAGGGAGGGUUGGGAAGAUACGCCAAUUGCAGGAGUCAAGCUGCUAGUGUGGCACAAGAAUCCCAUCUUGUUGCUAUUUCUCGACCAGAAUCGCGAACGAUUGAAAAUAUCGACACAGCCCCUAGAACUGAUAACAGAUCUGCGUCGAUGAUGCCAACACCGCAAUCGAUUUACUAUAGCGACCGAGAACAGACACGCCAUGAUCUUAUGGUUGGUGCACAUUUGCAUUCGCGUAGAAGCAGCGAUGCUUCUUUCCUAGCGCCUCUGGGCUCUGGACAGUCAGCUGGAUAUAAUAGUAUGGUGUCAGAUGCAUUCAAUUCCAUGAAGGACAAUGGUAGUCGUGCCCCAUCUCAUAAUGGCUACAGAAGCAGUGAUGUAUCGGCGGCAAACUCUGUGGCGGGCUUCACUGGUGUUGGUCCACCGUCAACUUUCCGGGGUGGCUCAGGAGAUAGCAGUGCAGAACCAGAUAUGGAAACAGGCGUGAUGACCCCCUCAAGCGAGAAAUCGGGAGAACGAGAGUACCUCAACUCACCCGAGGAACUCCGAUUUAUGCAGGUUUAUGUUUCGGAGGUAGGCGUGUGGAUGGACAGUCUGGACAAGGACAAGCACUUUUCACGGAUGAUCCCCUAUCAUGCGCUCAAGUGUCCCAUGCUUCUAAAUGCGCUUCUUGCGUGUGGAGUGAAACAUCUCACUCUUACACAGCAAUACAGCGAUGAUAAGGCACUCUUUUACUACGACACAGCAACAACGCAGCUUCUGCGCAGCCUGCAGAAUCCAGAGCGCAAUACAGCCGAAUGUGCAACUACUGCCGUGGUGCUCAAUGUAUAUGAGAUUAUGAGCGAGAAACCGACGCAGCGCAUGAGCCACAUCGCGGGGGCGCGAGCUCUCAUUCGGGAAUGUGGAUGGAACGCCAAAAGUAAAGGACUAGGCGCGGCCUGUUUUUGGCUCAAUGUAGGCAUGGAGCUUCUCUCAUGUCUGGCUUUCAACUGGCAAACGGCAUGGGAACCAGAUCAAUGGGGCCUUAAUAUGGACUUCAGCACGGAAAACGACACGGGUAACGAGGAAAUUUGGGUCCACCGCAUCUUUUACAUCGUGGCCAAGAUCGCCAAUUUCCGCGCCAGCAUCCCCAAGUUUCAGGAGCCUAGCCCCCACGACGAACAGGUACGAUUACAAGCUAGAUAUGCCGAGUGGCAUCGCCUGAAGAACAUGUGUGAUAGCUGGAAUAACUCGUGUCCUCGUCCUAUGCACCCCUUUGGUUACUUGUAUCCUUCGCAGCAGACCGGUGCUGAUAAGUCGUUGUUCCCUAAUGUUUGGCUCAUCAAACGUGCUGCCAUUGUUGGCCGACUCUACUACCACACGGCUGAAUGCCUACUUGCACAGAUCAACCCAAUCCUUCCGAAAGAUUCUGAGGAGGCUCGCGGAGUCCAACAACACCAUGCUCAUCAAGUCUGCGGUAUUGUAGCGCACACCGAGGACCGUGGCGUCGCCAGUGUCUCGAUUCGCUCACUAGCUAUUGUAGCCGAAAUCCUAACCGAUCUUGCUGAACAGCAGGAGGUGGUUGCAACGCUUGAAAAAAUAGACCGAGAGACAGGCUGGAAACUGGCAGGUGUAAUACAGAACCUCAAGAAAGUCUGGGGGUGGGAACAGAUGGGACAAAAAGGGCUUGGAGUACAGUUCUUCCCUCGUUCUGGUAACGGUAACAAGAUGAUGAUGGGACUACCAAAGCAACAACAGCAUCAAAUGGAGUCUAUACAGACUAGGCAAAUGACUACACCCCCGCAACAACAGAUGAUGCCCAUCGUCACGCAAUCAGCACCACCACAGCAAUUAGCAGCACCUCGGCCAAUACACGUCAACCCACUGAGUUUUGCUGAUUUUAGUCUUCCAAACCAUCCAUACCAAAAUUGGUAUGAACCGCCUAGUCGGUCAAAUGCCUAUAAUUCCCCCAACCUGCUUUGAGAAUGCCUUCUGAGAGAUGAGAACAUGACAGAGCUUCGGGGUUGUACAUACAUGUUUGGGGGUCGGAAAGGUUUUUUUUUUUGAAAUGAUACCAUGUUUACAGGUUGGGUUGUUUAUUGAUACCUCCAGAGGCGGCAUAUUUGGCGUUUGGUUUUAUGUUUUAUUUUUCGGUUUCAUUCUGCUCGGACAUAUAUACAUCUACUCGCCUUGUCGAGUACGAAUUUCUGUGUGUUUGCGUAUAGAACGGAUCAUG